UAGGACAAACGCGCGGCGAACUCUGAAGUGGUGAAUGCUACGGAGAUGGUGGGGGUGCUCGCCACGGCGGCAUACGUACACAGAUGCGACGACUCAAAGUGGAAGAGAUAGCCAGUUUCGUCUGAGCGGUGGGGCAGACGAUUAGAUGGUGGGGAGGAGAAGAGGAAAGGGUAGGACGGCCGAGGGCGGGCGCGCGCCACAAUUCAACGGGAACGGCCGCACUCACCACAUCUGGCGAGCAACUGCCACACUAUCGGCUCUAUUCAAAACGCUUAUUCUUUUUCUCAAAUUACUAAGGCCGCAAAUUGAAAUGCCACGAGAGCGAUCCACGAGCUCGCGAAAGAAGAAAGAACAAAAAUGAGAGACUAAUAGAUGAUCAGUGACACGCGCGGAUCUAAAUUGACGGCUUCACUUUGUGAACGACGGUUCUGUUAGAUAAAUGUUAAAAUUGUACAAAAGACUGCAUGUUGCAACAGUAACGGUUUGAAAAGUCAGUGAGAGUAAUAUAACGAGACGAUUUGGAAAGUUGGAAAAAUGUGCAACGUAGAAGUAGAAAUUUCAUGUGAGAUCAACGGAAAAUACAACUAGCACAUGGUUAAAGUGCCAAACAAAUUCGGCUUAAAGCAAAGAAACUUGUUUAAAGUCUUAUCUGCGACGAGCAAAGAGAGCUCCGCCUCCUCAGCCGUCCCCUCCGCCACAUCGCUAUCCUGAAGUGCCCCCCGUUUGACCAACUGGCUACUACGUCACACAUGCUUCUGCUUGGAGCCGCCAACUCCGAAGCCUCUCCUCUCGGCCGGCUCAGUCGGUUCAGUAAGUUACGAGUUGCGUUCGGGUUCGCCGUACGAGCGAUAACGGGGGCGUCAAUCAAAUCGCGAUUGGGAAAGGAUUCCACCUCGUGCACACUCUCCUUUCCUCGUCUUUCUCGGCUACAGGCAACAGGCUGCUCUUUCUCUCGUCUAGACAUCCUGUCCUUUCGUCGCGAGGAGAGGAACGAACAACCGAGACUAUCAAACUCUCAUAAAACUGUCAGCCGCGACCGCCGGGCUGACUUAUGUGCGCCCCUUCUUUAGCCGCGGCUGGAGAACCACACGUUCGCAGGCAAGAUCUGUACUUCUCGCGCAACGAUCACGAUCCCAUUACGAAUCUUUUAACGAGAGAUCAGACGACACACGAUCUCCGUGGUCUCGGAGAGAGGAGCCGGUCAAAAGUGAACACGACGACGACGUGCGCUUACGAGCCUUCGCCUCGCGAUUCCGCGGUUGCGAUAUCCCGUCGCGAGUACAGUAAGUCGCACUCCCAAAACGUCUACGUCUUCUCCUCUACCUCCUCGGGUGAAGAAGCGAGACGCUUUCGCGCAAGCUCAUAAUACCGAGAUGAAUUGACGAGACGGCGAAAUUGACGAUAGAUGCGGACGAUGUUAACGGGCGAGUCGUUUUCGGUCAAUCAGUAAGAGAAGCGCAAUCACGUUUCCUAGCCGUGUGCCGUACCACACCUUUUCUUUUUCAUCUGUCUCUCCACCACGAGGCUACUAUACAGUAGGGGGCGCGUGCGCGCGUAACCCCCCUCGCAAAGCGGACGGAAGACUGCUUCUUGGUGACAUCGCGGCUAGAAGGCUGCAGAGGAGAACGAGAGAGCGAUCGAGAUACUUCUCCCCCCCACCAACGGUUUCAGGGCUCCCGAAUAUCUCUCCAUUAGCCCCCCUGAUGGUGCUAUCCCCUCUCUUUGACCCCUCUCUCGCCCUCUUUCUCUCUCUUGUGUGCACCCCUCUCAUCGGUUCCUGUCACGUCGGGUAGCAGCCAGGCAACACCACCACACGACGGGCGCCAGCGGCAGCGGAGACUCGACGGAGACGCAAGAAACGGGGUUGAAGAAUCCUACGCCGGCGGAGAGACCAAUCAAGGUUUGACGAACGGCGGGGAUUGGUCGAGGCGCUCCUCUGACACGCAGAGAGCGCGGGCACGUGACAAGCUACCGCACACACCGGCCCUCCGUUGGAUCGUGGCGAGGCCUUCAGUACGAUACCAACCACCCUUCGCGCACGCAACAGGAACGGCGAACCGCGCGAUACUCCUCACCCUCUGAGUCGCGGUGAUACGAGUAUGAGUCUCGCUCGUACUCGCCGGGCUUGCUCCGCCGCCGCCGUCGCCGUCGCCGCAGUCGCGAUACGAGUCUAUUAAAGUGCAACAACAACAACAACAACAACAACAACAACAACAACAACAACCCAAGUGACAACGACAACGUUGAGGCGCAAUUAAUCAUCGCGUGAAUAAUUUUAAUGCGUUCAUAACGUGUUACCAUCGCAUGUUAUGUUUUAUUGAGGCGGGACUUUAUGAGGUCAUCUUCAAUGGAGCGCCUCGAUAAGCCGGUCGUUACGCGCUACUGCACAGUGGGUCCACGCAUUCUCUGUAGGUAAUCGCGACUCGUGAGGUCGUAAAGAAGCGGAAGACAGUUUUAUAGCCCAGGCCCACGUGGCCCUCGUAAACUUGACUCGCAGGUCGGCUCGUACUCAGGCACGACCCGCCUGCCGCCAGCCGUCUGCCUCUCUCUCUAUUAGUCCUGGAACCCCUCGUUCAUUAUCGAAUCGUUUAGAGACGUGUUUCGUCCGCGUGUAACAGGUCGUGAUACUUGUGAAACGUUCCUCACGGGCAAGGUGAAGCGCUCGCGGCCGCGGAAGUGUCACGCGAUUCUCAUCGUCGCGAGAAGUCGCGAAGGCACGAUGACGCGAUUCUAUACUUAAUGACGGCGCUCGUUGUUUCAUCGUCUCGGCCAAUCGAGACCGCAACGCAGUUGGUGUUUUCGUGAAUGACGGCACGUGCAGACGUGUAAAGAGAUCGGUACAGUGAGAGAUCGACGACGGGUGAGAGGUACGUGAAGAAUGAGUUCCUAUCAGUUCGUCAACUCGCUCGCAUCAUGCUACGCGGGUCAACAGCCACAACAACAGCCGAGACCGACUCCGAAUUCGCCUGGCGAACCGAUGCAGGCAGCAUCGCCGGCCGGUGGAGACUAUUACAAUCCGAACGCGGCGUCUACCAGUUAUCCCGCGCCCUGUUACUCACCUCAGCAACAUUAUCCGCAGCAUCCUUAUGCUACCCCGGCAUCCGGUAUGCAACACACAGCACCAACAGGGAUGAUAGACUAUACUCAACUGCAACCGCAGCCCCGACUCAACGCGACAGCAACAUCACAGCAGCACAGUAUCCACGCUCAGCAGUCGCAGCACCAUCAGCAACCACAUCAUCCUCAGCAACAACUUCACGCGGAUCCGACGACACCCCUUCUGCAAGGCGGCUCGGCACCGUCAGCACCGUCAACGUCCAGCUGCAAGUAUGCUGAUUCGACGUCGUCCACUAGCGUGGCGUCUCCUCAAGAUCUGACCACAUCCACCUCGAGAAACAGUCCGACGCCCUUGGUGGCACCCGGAACGAGUAAAGCCGGAUCAGGAUUGACUUCGCCGCCUGGUAGCUCGUCAAGGUCGUCCGUGGCUGCUUCCGCUGCUUCGCCCCCCAGUGGUAGUUCGAGAGGUGUCGGCGAGGGAAAUUCGACGUUGACCACGGCGUCUUCUGCCUCGUCACCCGCUUCCUCUACGUCCAGCACCUCCAGCACGGGUAACAACUCGUCCAACAAAGGGAACGCCUCCGGUAGUAACCCGCCUCAAAUAUACCCGUGGAUGAAGAGAGUUCACAUUGGUCAGAGUACGGUGAAUGCCAACGGCGAGACGAAACGGCAAAGGACUUCGUACACCAGGUAUCAGACCCUGGAGCUGGAAAAGGAGUUCCACUUCAACCGCUACUUGACGAGGCGGCGUCGCAUCGAAAUCGCGCAUGCCCUCUGUCUUACAGAGCGUCAGAUAAAGAUCUGGUUCCAGAAUCGGCGCAUGAAGUGGAAGAAGGAGCACAAGAUGGCGAGUAUGAACAUCGUGCCGUACCACAUGUCGCCGUACGGCCACCCUUACCAGUUCGCGCCCCACCCUGGUCAGUUCGCUCACUUGGCCACAUAGGACGAGUUCUCGCCCGCCGAGCUCGGAGCACACGCUGUCCGGUUCCCCGGGAUGUACGGCGAGCAGAACUUCUAAAAGGCUUUUUCCGCCCUAGACCCUGCGCUACGUCACGGGCCUUGUCACGUGAUUUGGACUGGGUCGAGGAGACUUCACUUCCAGUAGGACACGUGGUGCGUUCCGCUGAUUCGCCGCUGAUAUGCAGCGACGCUGGGUAACGGAUUGUCGUCGCAGCUGGAACAAAGAGGAUUAGGGGCCUCCUUCUGCGUACGUUGACCUUGUAUUUAAAUUGUUUCGCAUAUUUAUUGGCUCGCGCUGGCACAUCCGGGAAAUUAGGAAGGAGGAUUCCAGUGAAACGCGCGCAAGAGAGAGGAAACGGUUCUGUCUCCCUUCCUUGAUAGAGACAGACAGAAAGGUACAACAAUCCGUUCCCAUUCGUCUUCGGUCUGCGGACACGAAGUCACUGUCACUAUAUGACUAUUCGAAGUUGAAGGGAAGCCAAAAUUUUCUGCACAUAUAGCGCCGUACGCCCGAUUUAAUAGACUGGACGCGCUCCGAGGGGCUCUCACGCAUGAGAUUAUAAAAUACUGAUACUAAAGCGAAUGAGAGGCCACCUCAGCGGGUGAGAUGAAACCGAAUCUUUAGCUUAAGAUGUAGAAAUUUGCGGUCUAAGUAAUUAAUUAAUCUAACAACAAAUUAAUCAGUUAUCUUGUCUGGCUGCACACUGUUUCAUUUUUAAUGCAUAACCGACGGAAAUGAAGAUCGGGAGAAUGCCGCUCAUGUACUUAUUUAUUGUUUCUUCUUCCGAGCAUUAUUCCCUUGUUCGGUCUUUUUUUUUUUUUUUUAAGAUGAGAAACGUAUUUAUCGGAGAAAAAAGAAAGAAAACGAAAGACCAAAACAGCCCCAGGAGAAACACAGUUUCUAUCUGCACGUCUUAAAGUCUCUAUUUCGUAGCUCGUAAGACGCCAACUGAUACUCGAACUAUUCUCCGUUGAAUUCUUGGAUGCAGAGGUGACUUUGGCAAAUUCACGUGUAAAUUAUGCUGGCUUUAUGAUAUAUACUAAAAAGUAAGGAACGGAUGAUGCGCGACGUUAUAUUAGUGAACGACGAGAUAUUCAUGCAGCAUAAUUUACACGUAAGAUUAAAACGAUAAUUACUACGAAGCUAUAACAGAGUUAUAGAGAAUCAUAAUUACGAUAUUUACAUCUGUAUUUACAUUUCCGCUAUUCUGUUCUUCCUUUCGUAUAAAAUGCUUAGAUAUACCUUAAUUCCUUCGUACAUUAAUUUACACGAUACGAGAAGUCCGCGCGCGAAAAAGAACGAAAAUUAUAAAUUCUGAUUUACACGUACCGUUUUCUCACCGAGAAAUGAACACUCGUGUCAUAAAAUGCGUUUAUUUUACAAUCCUAUCUUACGAUCCUAUCGUGUGACUGACGAAACGGUGGGCAGCUGAGGCCCAACAUUUUCUCUGUAAAUAAUUCACAGCGAAAUGUAGCCAAUGUCUCCCUGGAGCAGCCACGUUGUUCCUAAAUUGUUGGUACGUAGACAAAUCUUGCGCAGAACUUAACAUUUAUCUGUUUUUUUUUAUCCUACCGCAUCGAGCAUUUUAUCGCGAUUGAUAUAUCAAAUGGACUACUAUUGUUUCUCUCGACUCAAGAUAUAUUAAUCUUAAUCCUUAUAGAAAUCCGAUUAGUUUCUAUAACCAUAUCUAAAGUCCGAAGUCUAUACAGUAAAAAAAAAAAGAGAAGAAAAAAACAACGAGAAAAGAAAAUGUUUUGUGCAGUCGAAACGGGAUAAAUGACACCCGCUAUGUCGUGGGUGUUGUGUAAUAACUUCGAUGGUGCAAUGUAUGUGCAUGCCGCGCUGGAUAUCUAACGCAAAUCGCAUGCACGUGCCACCUGAUUGCGCGUACUUAUCGAUACACAGCAUAUACAUAGGUGUGUGUUUGUGUAACAGAAGAAAUGUAUUACUCCGCAUGAAUCGGUAAAAAGCGAUUGGAUAUUCACUAGUUAACCGGGAAGCGAGCGCAAGUAUGUAUACUAAUUAGGUAGUAUCUAAGUAACUGAUUAUCUUGUGAUACGACAGAAGGAACGUUUAAAAGCAGUCGCUCUAUGCUUAUCAAAUUUAUCGUAACUGCGCAUUACGCGAUGCAAAUUCGGAAGAAUACAGGGAAUUUAGUAUGUCAAGAUAUCUUAAGCGAUAGAAGCGAUAGAGGGAGAAAGAGAUAGAGAUCAAAGGAAAACGAGGGGAGGGGAAGAGGAGGACACAAAUAAAAAAAGAGAUCUUUUAACUAGAUUAGUACUGAAUUGUACAUAAUUAUUGAAUAUAUAUAACACGAAUAUCGAAUGACGUUAUUACUAUGUACGAGGCGUUAAUGAAAAAAGUCCUCUUUUAUUCGUCCUCAAAGACCCUCUACAAUUCGUCGUACGAAUUAUGAAUUACCGAAAAUUAGAUUAAGCCUAGGUAAAAUGUUACUGAAAUCCGAAACUCUUUUGCGAAUGAAUUGUAAUUGAGGAAGCAGACUGCACGAUACCGGAAUUAUAUUUGAGUCUACAAUUUGGAGACGUCAUCUGGAAUGUAAAAUAAGAAGAGAGAUCAUUCUUUCCUGCAACCAAUGUAUCUAGAGAAAAAUGUAAUUUUUUUCGUUAUCGCCUGGUACAUUAUAAGGAUAUUUAAAUAAAGUAUAUA